CGAGCCGCCUCGUGGCCGUGCCGUUCCUCUCCGGAGCCGUGCCCGUGUCUGUGCCGUGCCCGAGCCGAGCCGUGCCGUGCCCGUGCCGUACCCGCCCCCGGGCGCGCCUCCUCGGCGGCGCGGGAGGAGGCGGCGCGGAGCAUCGGCGGCGCCCGGGCGGGGAUGGCGGCUCCGGGAGCUCUGGAGCCGGCGACCGGCAGCGUGCCGGGCACCAAGGUGGAGCUCACCGUGUCCUGCCGGAACCUGCUGGACAUGGACACCUUCUCCAAGUCUGACCCAGUGGUGGUCCUUUUUGUGCAGGGCUCAGGGAGCAGCGAGUGGAAGGAGUUCGGGCGCACUGAGGUGAUCGACAACACCCUGAACCCCGACUUCGUCCGCAAGUUUGUCCUCGACUACUACUUUGAGGAGAAGCAAAACCUCCGCUUUGAUGUCUACAACGUGGACUCCAAGAGCUGCUCUGCCUUAAAGCAGGACUUCCUGGGGCAGGCAUUCGUGGCACUGGGGGAGGUGAUUGGGGCCCAGCGGGGACGCCUGGAGAGACCCCUCACGGGGGUCCCCGGGAAGCGAUGUGGGACCAUCCUGCUGCUGGCUGAGGAGCUGAGCAACUGCCGGGACAUCAUCACAAUGCAGCUGUGUGCUAACAAGCUGGACAAGAAGGACUUCUUUGGAAAAUCUGACCCCUUCCUCGUCUUCUACCGCAGCAACGAGGAUGGCACCUUCACCAUCUGCCAUAAGACAGAGGUGGUGAAGAACACACUCAACCCGGUGUGGCAGCCCUUCACCAUCCCUGUGCGUGCCCUCUGCAACGGUGACUACGACCGAACGGUGAAGAUAGAUGUGUACGACUGGGACCGGGAUGGGAGCCACGACUUCAUCGGGGAAUUUGCCACAAGCUACCGGGAGCUGUCUCGAGCACAGAGUCAGUUCACAGUGUAUGAGGUAGGACUGUGGGUUGGGAGUGGGGGCGGGAGGACAGCCCACUCUGGGACCGACCCGCCCCUGUGCCCGCAGGUGCUGAAUCCCCGGAAGAAAUGCAAGAAGAAGAAAUAUGUGAAUUCCGGCACCGUGACACUGCUCUCCUUCUCUGUCGAGUCCGAGUUCACCUUCGUUGACUACAUCCGGGGCGGGACGCAGCUGAAUUUCACCGUCGCCAUCGACUUCACGGCCUCCAACGGGUUGCCGUCACAGCCCACCUCGCUGCACUACGUGAGCCCCUACCAGCUGAGCGCCUACGCCCUGGCGUUGAAGGCAGUGGGGGAGGUCAUCCAGGACUACGACAGUGACAAGCUCUUCCCUGCCUAUGGCUUCGGUGCCAAAGUCCCACCCGACGGCAAGAUUUCCCACCAGUUCCCCCUGAACAACAAUGCAGAGAACCCCAGCUGCUGUGGCAUCGAGGGUGUGCUGGAGUCCUACCUCCAGAGCCUGCGCACCGUCCAGCUCUACGGUCCUACCAACUUUGCCCCCGUCAUCAACCAGGUGGCAGGGACAGCUGCCCAGGUGACUGAUGGCUCGCAGUACCACGUCCUCCUCAUCAUCACUGACGGUGUCAUCUCCGACAUGCUGCAGACCAAGGAGGCCAUUGUCACCGCUUCUGCCUUGCCCAUGUCCAUCAUCAUCGUGGGAGUGGGUCCGGCUGAGUUUGAGGCCAUGGAGGAGCUGGACGGUGAUGAGGUGCGGUUGUCUUCCCGGGGACGGUUCGCCGAGAGGGACAUUGUACAGUUUGUGCCGUUUCGGGAUUACGUGGAUGACUCGGGCAACCAGGUGCUGAGCAUGGCCCGCCUGGCCAAGGAUGUGCUGGCUGAGAUCCCCGAGCAGCUGCUCUCCUACAUGAAGACCCGUGACAUCAAACCCCGCCGGGCAGACCCUGAGUAGCUCCUCCAAGAGCCAUGGGAUCAGCUGGUGGGGCAAGGAUGUGUCACCUUUCCUCUGCCAGCGGCCAGGGCUUAGCAAAGGAGAUGUGGCUCCACCAGGCAGAUAAUCAGCUGCUACAGUUGGUGAAAACGGUUGGCGAAAACGGGGCUGUGACCCUCUUCUGGCAGCGAGACCACAGGGCUGGAUGUCCACGGCUGCCCUGAUGUCCACCAGCACGCUGGGGCUGGCUCGGACCAUGCAGUCCCAUCCCUCGGGCAGGGUGGCUGGGGGUCCACAGUGUGUGUGUGUGCCCCGGGAGGGCAGCCUGGUGCCUGUCCCAGGGCAAGGCUGACCCUGGGUGCCUGCCGGGGGUCACAGCCCUGCUGCUCCUUGGGGCAGGGGUCUCACCCUGUUCCUGCCUGCACCCCAUUCCUGCCUGCACCUCUCUCCUGCCUGCGCCCCGCUCCCGCGGCCCUGCUGACCCGGCCUGCCCCAUGGCCCGCCCCGCGGCCCGGGGUCCCGCAGCCGCGGGGUGCCGGAGCGGGGGGCAGGCGGGUCUGUACGCGUUACCGACUGUAAAUAAACUGCUCAACGGGG